AUGGACCCAUUAACCGUAUACAAAAACUCAGUGAAGCAACAGAUAGAUUCGGCAGAUUUGCUAGUAGCCAACUUGGUAAACGAGAACUUCAUACUGUCGGAGAAACUAGAUACAAAAUCAAGCGAGAUCAAGCAACUGCAAAAGCAAAUAGACUCAUUGAACGUGCAAGUGAAGGACCUUAAGACUCAGGCUUCCCAACAAACGGAGAACUCAGAAGUCAUAAAAGAUCUUUAUGAGUACCUCUGCAACGUCCGUGUGCACAAGACCUACGAAGACGAGUCCGGAUUGUGGUUCGACAUAUCACAGGGUACCCACUCGGGAGGGUCCCCUGAUGAUUAUUCGAUUAUGGACUAUAAACUCGGGUUUGUGAAGGGCCAGGCCCAAGUCACAGAAGUCAUCUAUGCUCCGGUGCUCAAACAACGAUCCACCGAAGAACUGUACUCACUCCAGUCCAAACUGCCCGAAUAUCUCUUCGAAACAUUGAGUUUCCCUCUCUCAUCGUUGAACCAAUUUUAUAACAAGAUUGCAAAAAGCCUGAAUAAGAAAAAAGAGAAAAAAGAAGAGACCGAGUAG